AUGUACUCAAUUAUUCGCGACUCUGUGCCAAUGGAAUACGACAAUGAUGAGAACACAUGGCGUCGUCACUCAACGCCGAAGGUGGAGCGGUCUACAUGCCACCAAAUCCCAAAGAGGUCAACAACUGUUGCUGUGGUAGUCCUUGGGCUAGCAGUGCUCAGCUGCUUACUUGGGUACUGUGUGCUCAGCGAGACACUACCUUACGAGUCUAAAACGUUGCGGCUUGUUAUUAUUCUGUUCCGACAUGGAGCCAGAACUCCAGUGGAGAGUUACAACAGUGACCCAUACAAAAACUAUCAAUGGCCUGAUGGACUUGGUGGAUUAACUAAUGCUGGCAAACUACAACUGUAUGAGCUGGGCAAAAAGUACAGAAGUUACUAUGCAAACUUUAUUCCCGAAGAGUACUGUGACAAAGAUGUGUUCAUACGCAGCAGUGACAAGUCUCGCUGUCUAAUGAGUGCAUACACAUUCCUGGCUGGACUGUAUCCACCUACAGAGCGACAACUGUGGCACCCAGAACUACCGUGGCAACCAGUUCCUGUUCACUCUCUACCCAGAGAAUUGGAUAAUAUAGUUGCAGCAACGAAACCUUGUAAAGUAUGGAAGGCCAUGUACCAAGAGCAACUGGCUGAAAAGAAUGCUGAUCCAAAGUUCACAGAAUUAUUUGAUUAUUUGAGCAAACAUACCAAUCAGAGUCUGCGCAGUAUAUUACCCGUUGAUUUCUUGUAUAGUACACUCCUGUCGGAACAAGAGGCCGGGUUGAAGCUUCCGGAGUGGACGAGAACCGUGUUCCCCAGUAAAAUGAAAACUCCGUUCAUGUUGAGCUUGGCUUUGCUGUCCUACAAUGAGAGUUUGCAGAGGUUACAAGUUGGGCCGCUCUUAAAAGAAAUGAAGCUGUAUUUGGACGAGGCAGUUCGCCACGAGAACGUGGAUCGCACUCUAUACGUGUACUCCGGGCAUGACAUCACUGUGGUGUCGCUCUGGCGUGCUCUGGGGUUUGAUGACCUUUUAGCACCAGAUUAUGGCGCAAGCAUCGUCCUGGAACUGCAUGAAGAUAUUGAACAGGAGUCUUUCUUCGUGAAGACAUUCUAUCGCAACAACACGAAGGUGGAAGUUCCUUUGGAGCUAAAGUUACCGUUCUGUGACGACCCUUGCACAUACACACAGUUCACUGAACACAUCACCAAGCUGAUACCGGACGACUGGGAGGCAGAGUGUGGCAACACAAACCAGUAA